CUCUAAUCAGGGACGUUCUGCCUCCAGGUCGACGACAACAUCGGCCUGCUGAUGCGUGAGCUGAACCGGACCGGCCUCUGGGGACGCAUCAACCUCAUCGUGACCAGCGACCACGGCAUGGCCCAGUGCUCGGCCGAUCGCCUCAUACGGCUCGACGACUGCCUCCACCCGGACAACUACACCCUGGUGGACCUGACACCCGUCGCCGCUCUCAUCCCCAACGACCCGGAGACGGCCUUCACCUCGCUGAGUAAGUGCCAUCCCCACAUGACGGCGUACAUGAAGAAAUCCAUCCCCGACAGGCUUCACUAUCGGAACAACGUACGCAUCCAGCCGAUCAUACUUGUCGCAGACGAAGGCUGGACCAUAGUAAAGCAGGGAAAUAAGCUGCCGAGAUUGGGCGAUCACGGGUAUGACAACUCCCUGCCCAGCAUGCACCCCUUCCUGGUGGCGGCGGGUCCCAGCUUCCGUCGAGGCUUCCGGAUGAAGAGCUUGCAGAGCGUAGAUGUGUACCCGCUCAUGUGCCGCCUGCUGUCGGUGCCGGCGCAGCCCAACAACGGCUCUCUGGUCCGGGCUCAGUGUCUGCUGGCCGGCGAGACCUGCUGGGACGUGUCCAUGGUGGUCGGACUGGUGGUGGGCGUGCUGCUGCUGCUCAGCGCCAUAACUGUUCUUUUCAGGUUCAUGCGCUCCCCCCGCUCCUCUGGCUCCAGGCCCUUCCAGAGGCUGGACAUCCUUUAUGACGACGACGAACCCCUGGUUCCAUAAGCCGCCCAGCGCCCUGCUUCUUCUGACCUUGUUGCACUUUACUGUUUCGUUUUCUCCUUCCAUGUUUUCAUUUAGACGUAUGCUCAGGUUUGUUUCUAUAGGUGUAGGGACAUUUUCUCUCUAAAUCUCUUUGCUUCCUCUUCCUAUGACAUGGUGUAGAAACAGCUGUUACCAUGGAUACUGUUUGUUUGAUUUUAAUUAUGUGAUGUGCUUCAUUGUGGGGAGACUUAUAGCUUUGCUCCCGGAGGGACAAGGACCAGUUCGGACUACUUUUAAUGUGACAGCCAUCUUUAAAACAUUUGUUUUGGUUUGUGAACGUGUGCAUUUGUUUGUUGUUCUACUUUUUGCCAGCAGAGGGAGCUCAUGUUUAACCUUGUCCUUUUAGAUUUCUUCACACUGAUUGCCUAUUCAGGUCAAAAUAUAUUUUCCAUUAGUAUUUUUUUUGUUUUAUUUUACUUUGAAAGCAACAUUGUAAAUCUGAAUUCAUAUGUUUUGCACUAAAGCUAUGUAUGACUAGUUGGCUAAUGAAAUCAAAAUAGAAAAGGGAUGCUAUUUUUUUUAUAAGUUAGCCAUAUAAGUAAUACCAAAGAAGAGAUAAUCAAAAACUUUUAUCAUUGGCUUCUGUUCUGAUUUUUGGUUUAGACUUGAAGAGGUCCGGUUCCCUUAAUAAGGGGAUCAAAUAAAGGGAUCAAAAACUGUGAAUUGUUGCUGCUGAAAGCUCAAAGAACAGGUUGUUGAUAUUCAGUGUUUUUCAAAUCAAAUAAAUCAAUAGCAAAUUUCAUGGAUUUCAUAUCAAGAUGGUUUAACAGCACAGUGGAUAAAACUAUGGGAACAAAUAAGUGUGGAUUUCUAACUAAACAAGCCUAAAAAAUGUGGUUUUGUGUCAUCAGGACAAACUAAUUUAUUUCUCAUUUUGGAUCAUGUAGAAACCACUGCAGUCAUAAUAUUGAAUAUCUCAAACCUUUCUUUCAUGCUGUAAUGCUUGCAUGGGUCUUCAAACAUAUGUUUUAUAAAUAAUAUAUGUAUGUCUUUUUCAGGGAUUUUUCUUUUUCAGUGUAUGUGCAAGAGCACAUCUGAUUACUGAAACAACUCUAGGUCCAUGCUCCGGUCAUUUCUAAGAUAUUUUGCUAAAUGUAUUUUUUACAUUAAAAUUUACAGCCUCCUCCAUAUUGACACCUCUGGUAAAGAUGUAAUAAAUAAAUUACUCUUUGAUUUUGUCAGUAAUGUUAAAACUUGCAACUAUUAUUCUUACUUUAGAUCAAGGCAAACGUGGCCAUUUGUCUGCGUUAUUACAUGUUUUCUUAUUUUUUUCUUAUUUUGAAGAGUGGUUAAGAGAAAUUGUCCUUUAUUUAUCCCAGGAAAAAAAGGAAGUUGUAGACCCUUAAUUAAUUACUGUAAAUGAACUAUUAUCAAAAUGCUUCAGUUAAAUUUUUCGUAGUGUCAGUAAUUUGGCACUAAUGUACUCAAAGUAGUUUUUUAAUAUAUUUUUUAAUUCAGCAUGGGACUAUGUAGCAGAAAUAAAAUAUUUACUAUUAUAAAUCUUAACCAGUAAAGUCAAUAAAUCUAGAGGUUGCUGUCAUUUUUUUGGGUCAAAAUUCCUAGUGAGUUGUUUUUGAUUUAAUAUUCGUAAAUAUUUCACCGUAUACAUAUUUAUGAGCAUCAUAUAUGUAUAUAAAUGGCAUUGGAAAUCUGCAUCUUUGUAGAAUAUUUGUUACUUCUUUCAGGAGGGAAAAAUAUUUUUGUAUUAUACUGGCCUGUAAAGAGAUUGUUUUGUUUUUGUUUUAGAUAAAUAUGAUUCAAUACUAGAAUCUUUGUGUUGUGUUUUGUUGAAAUCAUUACAUCUGGCUUCGGUGAGAAAGAAAGGGCAACACACGUUUGGAAAAAUUCAUUUGUAUUCCUUUGUAUUUUUUUUUUCUCCAUUGCAGUCACAACAUUACAACGUAAUAAAAUGGCAAAUAUAUAAAAUCAAACCCAA